AUGAAUCGCGUCAGAAGCAACACACAAAGUGCCUUCGGCCGACUAGACGGAUUCGAUAGCCGGGGCGCACCACUUGAUGGACCGUUUGACAUACCUGAUGCGGAUCUCAAGCUUGAACAACAAGAGCAAUUAGACUAUUGGGCGGCCUUCCGGAGAGGUCUUUACGACGAAAGAAGAUGGAUAGUACAGCAUGAGAGGGGGUUGCGGCGUCCAAUUUAUGAAUUGUUCACAGUCCCGAAGAGGCGAUCAUGGGCACUCGAGGACCAACGGCCAUCAUGGACACCCGGGGACCAAGGGCCACAGCCAGACCCCCGCGACCCCACACGACCACGCAUGGUCCAGGUUGACCAGCGACCCCCGGCAACUAUGCGCUAUCACACUAUCGAAGCUCUACAAAAUCCCGAAAAGCUUCGCCGUGCCGACGGGGAGAUAAUGAGGGGCGAGAACCCGAUCAUGACAGCCCUGCAGCCGCUUGGUUUUCGCUUCAAGAAGACGCUCGGCCAGGGCGGUGGGGGCAUCGCGAUACUUGUGGAUUUGUUGGACGAGAAUGGACAGGCGGAAGAGUGGGUGGUCAAGGCUCCUCUCGAGGAUAACGAUCUAAAGCGCGAGGCAAGAAACAUGAGGCGAAUGGUUGGGGCAAGACACAUGGUGCAACGCAAGUUUAUCAGGGUACGUGGUCGAAAUUUGCCCGCGGACCCGAUUGCCCUCAAUUCAAAUGGGCGUGACAGCAUCAUCGGGAUGGAACUGCUCAAGCAUGGCUCUCUCGACGCCUUGCUCAGGAAAGUAUCCCGUCAAAAUUUGAAGCUAAGGGAUGAUGAGCUAUGGAUGAUAUUUCAUUGCCUCUUCAGGGCUUGCGUGGCCUUGGCUCGCCCCAGAACGUGGAGUGGGGGCUUAAACCCCGAAAGAGACCCCAUCCCGUUACUAGACGAAGCUAUUCCACCGAUCGGGCCUGACUACCACGCGACACUUAGGUCCAUGGUAAUAUGGUGCAUGAUGCACGACCCAGCGAAAAGACCAGACUUCCGCCAGCUAGAGGACGUUAUCGUGGGCAACAUCCGUUCCUUCCAAAGGGACGGCGACCCGAACACGGAAGGUAGGACUUCGAUCAGGGACAUCCUGACCACGCCCACGUCGCCGGCCGCCCCGUCCACGCCCCGGGCCGGGCCCGCGCGGCCUACCGCAUCCUCGCUUGGGAUCGAAGAGAUCGAGGACCCUGCCGCCUGGAUCCUGGGCCCGGAGAUUGCCGCCGGUAUCCAGCACGUCCGUUGGUCGUCGUCAGGGUGGCGGGAAGUCGACGCCGGCAUCGAGGGCGCAGGGGGUGGUGCUGGUGGCAACCAGCCCGUUGUGAUCGGGGUGCGGCCGCAGCGGAGCAACUUGCGGGCUGCCGUCAGGAACGCGUUCAGGUCGAGAGGCGACGGUGGUGGCGGCGGCGGCGGGCUGCGGAACCUGGCGCAGCGGGCAGGGCGUGGCAUCAGGCGCGUGUUUCGCGGGGCCGUACGCCGUGUUUCGGGGUCGGUGGGCCCUCACAGGCGGACCCAGGUGGGGACUGCUACCGUUUCUCGCCCGGCGGCUCAGCAGGCUGAUGGAGGACGGGGUACAAUGACUAACCUCCAGUUCGCCAUGGCUGCUAUGGGGGUCGUCUAUCCUGGGAACGUAGCAUGGGCGCGACGAGGUCAGCGAGGCGGAGACAACCGAGGGCCACCGGCACCUUGA